AUGACCAAGGAAAUUAAUGCUGGUACCAGCGUCGAAGGCUCAUCCAGUACCCUCCCCUCGCAAGAGAGCGAUGGCGUUGAGAAUGUAUGCUCAACCCCCGACUCUCACGCUGUAAAUGCAAUGGAGAUCGUAUCUGAACCUCAGGCACCGGCUGAUGCGCCUGGGAGGGGAUUGGAGAAAGAAUUGUCAGCCCUUCGCGAUUCCGAAUCCCAUCCUGUGACAGCGACCAAUGCCACAUCUUCAAAUCGACCGAACAAGGAUGCCGGAGCCAGCGGUAUGGGCGGCGCUGCCUAUGGUACUCGAUCGCGCAAUCGCACCAGUGCAUCACGAAUCAAUUAUGCGGAAGACAAGGAGAUGGACGUGGACAUUGAAAUUGCAGCGCAAGAGAAAGAGGUGCGCAAGGCUGCUCGGGUCAAUGAUUCUCGCUCUUCGACAUCCACCGAUAAUGGGUCGUCGACAGCUGCCACGAAAAAGACAGUCGCCUCUGAGCUAGAACCUGUCGCUACGACUCAAAAUAACAACAAGGAACCUAUUCCUGGCACCUCUACAUUCUCUGCGAAUCCAUCAGUACCAACGACUCAGAAUUCCAAGAAAAAGAAACCACCUGCUCAGACUGCCGCAGUUGCAGCUUCAUCUUCGUCGCAGAACGUUGUACAAAAUGGUUCGUUGGUACACACAACUACUCCUAGAGCGAGCAUGGCUAUGCACGAAUCAAACAUGUUGAGCUUCGAUAACUGUGGCGCACGUUUGAAGGAUGGGAAGCUUGUAGCCGAUGAUGGCACUGUUCUUUCAGUCAAUGAUCACGUGUAUCUUGUUUGUGAACCGCCGGGGGAACCAUAUUAUCUUGGUCGAAUUAUGGAGUUUUUACAUAUCAAUAAUGAUGUCAAAGAGCCUAUUGACGCACUACGGCUUAACUGGUAUUACCGUCCCAAGGAAAUUGGGAAGAAGGUUAGUGAUACACGUCAAGUAUUCGCAUCCAUGCAUUCCGACAUUAGUCCCCUCACAGCUUUACGUGGCAAAUGUCAGAUCAAGCACAAGGCCGAAGUUGAAAAGCUGGAUGUUUUGAGAUCGACGAAGGACAGCUUCUGGUACGACAAGUUGUACGAUCGUUACAUUCACCGAUACUACGAUGUCAUUCCCACUUUUCAGGUCAUAAAUGUACCAGAUCCAGUCAAGAAAGUCCUUGACGAACGUUGGAAACACAUUAUUGUAGAAGCGGGGCGUGGCAAAGAGUUUACUAGUGCUGUGAAAACCUGUAAACGCUGCAGUAGGUACAGUGCAAGCAACGAUUCUGUUGACUGUGCGGUUUGUCAGAAUACCUAUCACAUGAGCUGUGUGAAUCCACCACUGUUGAAGAAACCCUCACGCGGUUUUGCUUGGGCCUGUGGACCUUGCAGCAAGGCUCAAGAAAAAAAACUCGAGGCUCGCAAUACCCCGAAUAUUAAUGAUGGAACCAUUGACGCCGAAGAUGACGAGAUGAAUGAGGAUGAGGACGAUCUACCCAUAGCACUAGGCGAUGCACUUGAUGCAAAUGGCAAGACCUCAUCAGGGUCCCAAGAUGUCGAAAUGUCUAUUCAUCCAGGUACAGCGGAACAAGUUCAUCAGGCAAGCCUAUGGCUGUUUCGAUAUCUGGGAAUACACUGCAAGGUUGAAGAUGCACUGGACUAUGACGAUCGUAUAUAUCCAAGGGCUAGCUCUAGAAUUGGGAACCGUCAUCAAGCCAAUGUUCCAGCAUGGCCUGGCAGACCCGUGGAGUAUGUCAAGGCUGUGGAGAUCAAGAAAAAAUACAUCAAGGGAGGGAGCAGUAGUCACAGGAAGGAUGCAAAGCUAUCAAAAGAGACUAUAGCUGCAUUGGAAGCCGACAAAAUUGCCCGUGAAAAAAGACCGAUCUGGGUCAUGGAUGAGCCAAAUGGAUAUAUUCCCCGUGGUGAUGAUGCACCCAACGAUGACCCUAAAAAUACGGCGACUCUCCAGUUCAAAAUCCCAGAGGUCGGUGAGGCUUCUAUGAGCGCCGAGCGGGGAAUGGACGAUGGCGCUUCGUCCUUGGACGUCCCUGCGUAUGAGCAGUUGGUCAAUGAUUAUAUGAUUCGUGCGAAAGCAAUGGCCAAACCUUUAGGCUUACCGGAACGAUCAACCAAUCUUCUUGAUGUAGCCUUGCAAUUGCUCUAUUCGAACAAUUUUGAUGUAGACAAAGCGCUCGAUGCACUUUCCAAAACUGACAAAAAGGCAUUCAAGGAGCCAGAGCUAAGUUCGGCCGAGCUUAAAAAAUUCGAGGAUGGCGUUACUAAAUUUGGGUCUGAAUGGCUUAGCAUUAAAAGACACGUGAAGACUAUGAGUCCUGCCGAUGUGGUACGUUUUUACUACAUAUGGAAAAAGACGGACAGAGGAAAACAGGUAUGGGGCAAUUAUUCCGGACGAAAAGGCAAAAAGGAGGCCAAAAAGGCUGAGGCAGCCUUGGGAAAGUUACAAGAUGACAUUGCCGAUGAUCACGAUGAUUCUGCUUUCGAUAACGACAAGGUUUUACAGAAAAAGAAGGGAUUCCAGUGUAAGUUCUGUUCCGUCAGAAGCUCGCAGCGAUGGAGACGAGCUCCGAACACACCUGUUGGUACCACAGUACCUGAGAAUCCAAACAGCAAAGGAGCUGCAAAAGAAAAAGGUAACCAACUUGUAUUGGCGUUAUGUCAAAGAUGCGCUGAACUCUGGCGCCGCUAUGCGAUACAAUAUGAGGACAUCGAAGAAGUGGCGAAGAAAGUGGCAGCUUCAGGAGGACGAGCUUCGAAACGGAAAAUGGAUGAAGAGUUUCUUAGAGAACUUAAAGCUGCAAACGAGGGCUUUGUGCAACCCGAUGUUCUUCCCACCACAGCACCUAUAUCGGCUCACAGUACGCCUGCGCCUACGCCACCUGUUCCGACAACCUCGGAACCACCUAAGAAGAAAGCCAAACCUAGUUCAGAUAGUAAAGAGACUUCGGAUUCUGUGCUCGAAAACAGUGCCGUAGUAACGCCAGCACAGCCGAAAAAGAAACUAAUAGUCGAGAAACCUCCCGCCCCUCCGCCUCCUCCCCCGGAACCCCCCAAGCCAAAAAUCCUUCCGUGUGCUGUUUGUGGCCAGAUGGAUCCAUUAGGAGAUCAACAUCUUUCUUGCAAAGAAUGUAGAAUGGCUGUGCAUCGCCAUUGCUAUGGAGUUGUUGAUAACCGAAGUCCCAACAAAUGGACUUGUGACAUGUGCCAGAACGAUAAAGAUCCCAAAGUGUCGAUAGUGAGUAGAUUUAAUCUUUCUUUGUUAUAUUUGUGUGAUCGCUCACCAUUUCAGCAAUACAAAUGCAUGCUUUGCCCAGUAGAGUCCACAGAGCAUGAUUUCGUGGAACCGCCCAAGAUCUCUCAUAAGAAGAAAACCGAAAAGGAGCGCGAGCGCGAUCGCGUAGAGAGAGAAAAUGCGCAGAAAGCUGCGGACUACUUUCGAAAAAAGCAAGAAGAAUAUAACAAACCCGUUAACCCUCGAGAGCCACUGAAGCGCACGGCCAAUAACAACUGGGUACACGUCACCUGUGCUGUAUUCACACCUGAAGUAAAGUUCGGAGAUGCGAAAGCGCUCGUUCCUUCUGAAGGAAUUCCUUCAAUCCCUUCGAGUAGGUAUGAUGAGGUUUGCAAGGCAUGCAAAAAGAAAGGCGGUGCCUGUGUGAAUUGCCACUCAUGUCGAGCUCCAGUACACGUGGAAUGUGCGCAUCAGAAUGGGUACAUCUUGGGCUUCGAUAUUGCGCCCGUGAAGGGAUCUCGCCGCGAUCAACACAAUAUCGUGAAUAUCAAUGGUGAGAUGGGCGCCAUGUCUGCCGCUAUCUGGUGUAAGGAGCAUUUGCCGACUAAGACUAUUGUGCAUCGCAUGCAUGAUAUCGUCGACGAAACGGGUCUCAAUGCUUUACAACUCUUUGUACAAAACUUUAAACAGGCAGACUUAGCACUGACUGGCACAGUCCGAAAAGCGAACCUUGUCAAUCAAUCUACUAGAGCGGCCAGUUCUGUCCAUGUUGCCACGUCCCAAAAUCGUAGGACGUCGACGACGGGAGCUUCCAUAACGACUCCCAUUAAUAGACGUGCUUCUCUGGCAUCAAUAAAAGUUGAGGAUUCGCCAGUGAGUACUUCACUUCCGGUAAGCGAUUCAGAGAGAAAAUGUGUCACCUGCAGUGUUGAUAUAAGCCCUAAAUGGUGGCCGAUGAUUGAAGCUUCUGUUACGACCAAGAGCCCUGCACUUCCCCUUGACGCGAUACUGGAUCACGAUCCUACAAAAUCGGAAAGCCCUGGUCUCACCAAUGGUAACUUACCUAAUGGCCUAACGGGUGAAAGAAAUGGAGUUCAUGUUGCACUCGCAGCCGCAGCCUUAGAUCAAAAUACACAAAAACCGGCUCCCGUGCCUACGGAAUUUCAAUGUCACCAAUGCCACUGGAAGAAGAUUCGAAAACAACCCACACCCACACCGACCCCUCCACCCAUACCUGUACCAAUAACAAUCGAUCGCGAGGUUUCACGACCUCCGGCACCCCUCCCAAUUGCAACUCCUGCACCCGUCAUUGCGAGUAUUUCUCAACCUGAGCAUGAGCGAAACCAUGCGCCUCAUCAAUAUCCAUGGCCCCCUCAACCUCCUUCGUACCCGGCCACUGCUCCAUCGUAUCCAUCCAAUACUCCAUAUAACAACUGGCCACGCCACUCCCCUGCGCCAGCUAACGUCGCUGUCGUACAUCAAGUGAAUGGCAAUCAUUCACCAAGGAUGCCUGGAGUUACGCCACAACUUGGAGGGCCACCUCAUAAUCGACAGCCUGUGCAAGGUCUACAGCCAUCCCCCCACCAAAAUGGACGCUUGUCGCAAACGCCCAACGGCUACCCACCAUCGCCCCACCGACUUCCUGGACCACCACCUAUUCACAUGCAAAAUGGAGGGUACGGGUCUUAUGUCUCCAAUAGACCCGCUCCUCAUCAUUUAACCAACGGCGGACCGCCCCCUCGUGCUCCGGAACACCCAUUCUCGCAAAGCAGCGCGCCGAUGCAUCCUCGUCCGUACGGUCCACCGCACGCACCAUCACACGGUAGCCCACCACUCAACCGGCAACUAAAUGGUAUUCCUCCUCAACUGAAUGGUGUUCCUCCUCAAUUAAAUGGUGCGAGACCGAAUGAUAAUCGCGUUAAUGGUGGAGCAAGCGCAAGUCCAUCGCUGCGAAAUUUGCUUUCUUAG